AUGAACGCCUGGGCAUGUGCAGUAUGUUGGUGCGUGUGCGUGUCCAUGCGCGUGCUGAGUGUCGACGCGUCUUGGUGGUACAUGAGAUACAUGAGCUCAGUCGGCUCCCGCGUGAUGUGCGACAACAUUCCGGGUCUAGUGAGCGAGCAGCGCCGAUUGUGCCGUCAGCAUCCGCGAGCGAUGCAGGCCAUCGGCGCCGGCGUUCGGGAGUGGAUCUCCGAGUGUCAGCACCAGUUCCGCGACAGGCGCUGGAACUGCAACACGGUGGCGCGGGACCACAGCCUCUUUGGACGCCUGCUGCUGCGCGGCAGUCGCGAGGUGGCCUUUAUCUACGCCAUCUCGUCGGCGGGCGUGGUUGACGCGCUGGCGCGAGCAUGCAGCCGCGGCGAGCUGGACUGGUGCUCGUGUGACCCGCGCAAGACGGGCUCGUGGAGCGACCCGGCAGGUGCCUUUGACUGGGGAGGCUGCAGCGACCACGUGGAGCUCGCCGCGCGCUUCGGUCACGCCUUCGUCGACGCCAAGGAAAGGAAGGAGCCGGACGCGCGCGCCCUCAUCAACCUGCACAAUAACAGGGCCGGGCGCAAGGCAGUGAAACGUCUCCUGAGCCUGGAGUGCAAAUGUCACGGCGUGAGUGGCUCGUGCAGUGUCCGCACCUGCUGGCUGGCCAUGGCCGACUUCCGCCGCACCGGCGAUGAACUCCGCCGCAAAUACGAGCGCGCCGUCCACGUGGCCAUCAACCAAUAUGGCGCGGCUCUGACCAAGUCGUCCGCGGCAGGUAGACGCGCCUCGCCAGGGAAGAACCAGCUUGUCUACUCGGACGACUCUCCGGAUUUCUGCGUACGCGACCACGACACAGGGUCGGUGGGGACAGGUGGCCGGCGGUGUAACGCCACGUCCCAGGGCGCGGACGGCUGCUCGGUCAUGUGUUGCGGGCGAGGCUACGACACGGCGCGUGUGAGCCGCAGCGCCAAGUGUGAGUGUAAAUUCCACUGGUGCUGCGCUGUGCGCUGCGGAGACUGCAGUCAGACGGAGGACGUGCGCACCUGCAAGGAGCACACGUGA